AAAUAAUAUGGUGAAUAUAUACGAGAUCUCGCAAAGUGACGCUAUUUAACGGCAGAAACGUUAAGAUCUCUUACUGUUUCUGCCACAGAUUGGAAAGAAAAAUGGCUCCACGUAAAGGAAAGCAAAAGGAAGACCAGCCUGUUCUAGCCCUAGGUCCUCAGGCUCUUGAAGGAGAAAACGUCUUUGGUGUGGCUCACAUCUAUGCCAGUUUCAAUGAUACCUUUGUCCAUGUUACAGAUCUUUCAGGAAGGGAGACAAUUGCCCGGGUUACAGGAGGAAUGAAGGUAAAGGCCGACAGAGACGAAGCUUCUCCAUAUGCAGCCAUGUUAGCAGCCCAAGAUGUUGCUGAAAAGUGCAAAACAAUAGGAAUUACAGCAUUGCACAUUAAGCUGAGAGCCACUGGUGGAACCAGGACAAAAACUCCUGGACCUGGUGCCCAGUCAGCUCUUCGAGCAUUGGCUCGAUCUGGAAUGAAGAUUGGACGAAUUGGUAAGGGAUGUGACUCCAAUUCCAUCAGACAGCACAAGAAGGAAGGGUGGUCGCCGGGGCCGACGUUUGUAAGAUUCUGACGAUGUGGAUACUUUGUAACCUUUAAUAAAUGAUGCUGUCAUUUGCACGUCAA